AUGUUCUGCCUCCGCGCCAGGGCUGUGCCCUCAACCUUCCGGGCCACCACAUCGGCCAUGCGGACCUCGAUGAGCAGAUUUGCCCAAAUCCCGCAACAACCAAGCACACCCUCCACAAUGCUCUCAUCCCGAUCCUUCUCCUCCCUCCUCUCCACGCCAACCCGCUUCCAACCCUCGCGAACACUCGGCGCCCGCCUCUCCUCGCCAAUCACAGCAACCGCCUCCGCCUUCUCACCCCUGUCAUCACUCCUCUCCCAGAAGACACCCUCGCAGUCCCGCUCGUUCUCCGCAAGUGCCUCCCUAGGCGUGCGCCGUGUGACGUUCCGCCCGUCACGACGGGUCCAAAAGCGCCGCCAUGGAUACCUGGCGCGCAAGAAGGACAGGAACGGGCGCAAGACUCUUAUCCGGAGGACUCUUAAGGGCCGGAAGGAGUUGAGUUGGUAG